UUCUACGAUAUUUCCAGACAAUUUGUAUGUGUAUCUACCAAGAUGAUAGGCGUGCUAAUAUUUGCUGCCUUUGCGCCUUUUGCUUUAGCUUCUCCUCCUCAAUCGGAUCUAGCAGAACCAUCUACCAGAAUUGUAGGAGGAAGCUCUACAACAAUUUAUGAUAUUCCUUAUAUUGUACAAGUAAACGAGGGUUAUCCAAUGUGCGGUGGAUCAAUCAUUUCAAGACAUUGGGUGGUCACCGCAGGUCACUGCUUAGAGGGGUAUGUUAAUCAAUAAUUAAUAAGUUUUAGU